CCGCAUCGAGUGAGGAGAAGCUUGGGAACUUGAGGCGCAUCAGGAGGGAAAUGCGGACCAAAGGUUCUUUUUUGCGCGCUUUUCCCUCUCCCCUCAAGUCAUUGCUCCCCUCUCCGAUCUCAACAUCCAUUUCUGAAACUUUAUGUGCGCUUGACGUGUUACUGGACAGCAGAGUUCAUCAUCCCAUCUCACCCACAUUCCGUACUCGUACAUUCUCCAACAACGCGACGCCUGUCAAAUCCCGUGUGCCCGGUUUCCCGUGCGGCGUAGUCAACUUGCUUCCCAUGCAAUCACACCGUUGAUCUGCAAACCUGCAGCAGAAUCCACAUAACUCGUUCGGAAAGGGAACGUAAUCACAUUCCCCGUGUAACACAGCCGUGCAAAUUCCGCGCCGUUCAGCGACCCGGUAGAACUUUGUUUGCUUCGGGGUUCCACACCGAAAAUGACAAGCGACAUUGGCGCUCAGAUCCGGGAGGAGGCCGCGGCAGCGACGGAAGAAGUCAACGCGGCCCUCCAGAGCUUCGUGACAAGUCCCGGACCGUCCGGAGGUGACUUGGACAAGGGCCAACGGCGGCGCAUCAUUGAUGCGGCGAAUAAGCUCAUCAACGCCGUCAAGGACCCCGGCGAUGAGUGGUUUGAUGCCACGGCGCAGGUCGCUCAGCUGGGCGCGAACCGGCUCUUUUGGGAAUGGAAGGUCUAUGAUCACAUCCCAUUCGAAGGCAGUAUCUCGUACGGUGAACUAGCAAAGAAGGUCGACGCCGAUGUAUCUCUGAUACGACGUACUGGUGGCGUGCUUACGUCGAUGGGCAUCCUGCAACAAGUCGACGACGACUCCGUCGCGCACACAAAGCGUUCUCGCAUCUACAUCGAUGGUCACCCAGCAGGCCAAAUCGUCGGCAUGGCAUGGGAAAACGGGUUGGUACCGUACGUCCACAUGCCAGCCUACUUUGAAAAGUACGGUCGCAAAGAACCGCAGACGCUCAACAACGUCCCUGGCACGUAUGCGUACGGCGUGCCAGAGUACGGCUGGUACGAAAUGCUGCAGCACGACCCGCCUCGGAUGCAGCGGUUCCUGCGCGCCAUGGGCCCUAUCGAAGAGAAGAUGCCCAUUUCGGGCAUUUACGACUUUGGGUGGGUUGUCGAGUACGCUCGUGAAAACGCGGGUGACCGGCCGCUGUUUGUCGAUGUCGGCGCGGGGCGGGGCCAGUCUAUCAAGGCGAUUCAUCGCGAGAACCCUGGGCUUCCGUUGGAGAGGUGUGUGCUGCAGGAUCGUGCUGAGGUGGUGGAGGCUGUGAGGAAGCUUGAUGAUGAGGAUAUGAGGUUGGUGCAGAAGCAGGUUAUUGAUUUCCACAAGGAGCAGCCUGUUAAAGGUGCCCUGACGUACUGGAUCCGUCGGUGUCUACACAACUACGGCGACGAGCUGAGCGUGAACAUGCUCCGCAUCAUCGCCGAGGCCAUGGCGGAGGACAGCCGACUCCUGAUCCAGGAGGAUGUGAUGGGAAACCCGCCGCACUACACCUCCACGAUGCUCGACUUCAUGAUGCUCACUUUUGGCGGCAAGCAAAGAUCGCUCGAGUGCUGGACCGACAUUCUCGGGAGGGCGAGUCUCGCGAUCAAGAGCGUGUCCACGGGUCAGGGACCGUGGCGGCACCUUGCCGUGAUUGAGUGUGUCAAGGCUGGAAGGUGAGGGUAUCUUGAAUUCAGCGUUGAAUUCCAGGAUGAGGUUGGGAGGUUGAACAGUUGUUGUGUGUCUGUGCAGAGAGGAUUGGCGCUGCGAUUGUAAUGCUUUCUGGCAGGAUUCAUGUGGCUGGGAUGAGCGGUGAAGUCGUUUAUGCAUUAGGAUGGUGAGAGAUGGACUGGUAGAUAUCAACUUAAUGUGACACUAUUGAAGAUCGACGGGAGACAAGAGGUGAUUGACUUCAGCCUCAUGCAAAACAUGUACGCGUAACGACGCCAACCUCUGCGUUCUCAAGUUUGACGUCGGAUGUCAUGUCUACAGACCCCUAGUCGGUCCCGGGCAUCACCGGAGUCACUACUUUAGCAGCGACUGG